AUGGAGCUUCCUAGUUAUGGCUGGCAGCUGCUGCCCCAGUUGUACACUCCCUGCAAGGAGCAGCACUUCUGUGACUGCACCAUCUUCAUUGGGAAUGUGCAUUUUAGAGCACACAAGGCGAUUUUGGCUGCUGCCAGCCUGCUGUUUAAAUCCCUGUUGGACAGCACAGACACCAUCUCCAUCGACGCUUCCGUGGUAACAACUGAGGAGUUUGCACUCUUACUUAAGAUGAUGUACAGUGGCAAACUCCCACUGGGGAAACACAAUUUCACUGAAGUUAUCUCUGUGGCAGGUAGUCUGCAGAUGUUUGAUGUGGCUGUUAUUUGCAAAAACCUCCUCAGGAAUCUCAUAAGUUGUUCUGCUCUUACAGUAGUGAGAGGAGUCUCCAGCCAGGAAGCAGAUUCAUCUGGAAACCAAGCUGAACCUAAUUACCUGUCCCAGUCUGGAAGACCUGAUGAAGAAAAUACAUUUAUCAUCCUCGCUCAGAGAGUUUCUCCUUUACCUGGCCCUGUAGAAACAGAAAUGGAAGAAGGUGUUUUUCCUCCUGGCCAGGAAUUUACUGUGAAUCAUACCUGGCUUCAUGAUGUUGAGUGACUCCAGGUCCUCCAGGAGGAUUCAGGCCCUGGCCCUGACCAGCCUGCCCAUGCUGAGGGGAGUGGCUCUGUGGAUCAGGAGCUUGCUGAGCCUCUAGAGGGGAAAGGGCAAUCGAGGGAUUUAGCAGCAGAGAGCAAAAGCUGUAAACUGGAUUUCUUUGUUCGAUAUGAAAGUGUUUUCUCUGAGGCUCUUUCUGAUGCCCAGGCUAUGCUGAAAAGACUCGAAGAGUGCAAAGAAAUUGAUGCCUCUCAAGAGGAGGCUCUGGCUGCCUGUCUGGCCAAGGCAGAGGAACAGUCAGUGUUCAAGAAGCUGCUGAGCAAAGUGAAGGAUGCCCACACCCAGGAUAAUGACACUCGGGAUGCUCGACCCCUGGACACUCAGACCCUCCUGUCUUUCCUGAAGCUGUUUCAAGGCGUAAAUCCUGAGCUUAGAGUGGCUUUGCUGGAGAGAAAACUGGGCAGCAGAGAAGCCCCACAACAAGGAGGGAGGAAAUUGGAGAGCACAGCCGAGGAAGAGAUGCUGACCGCUUGCUUGCUGUGCUGCAGGGAGGAGCUGAUGCAGAGCGUGGCACAGCUGAGCCCCAUCACAGAUUUGAAGGCAGCAGAAGAGGGAUUCCUGACUGCCUCAGAGGAGCGGUGCCUGCAGACCUUGAUGAUCAAACCAAGCCGCUUCAGAGCUCAGACAGGCAAACGGAGCCCAGAGGAUUAUAGGGCCAAACUGUUGCAACAAUACCAAGAGAACUUUGUGCAGCUCCUGACAGACACUCAGGUGCUGCUGCAGGGCAUCUCUGCUGCGUGGAGCCUGGCUCCUGUGGGGAGAGAGUUGAACAGGCUGCUGCACAUAACAGUAAUUGUUAUUUCCACGAGUCUCUUGACUGAGGGAAGAAGGCAGAAACCUGGGAUCAGGAGGUGGAAGCUGAACAGUGAAUCCCAGUUUGAAGUUCUGGACAAAGAUAAGGACAAGGCAAGAGGUGCCAGUGCCAAAGAAGCAAAGGAAUCCCAAGACAAAGCUUCUUCCAAGAAGAGUUUUGUCUGCAAAGCCUGUGGUGAGGUCUUUCACUCCUGCUGCCACCUGAAGGUGCACAUGAAAUGCUGUCAGGUGGCCAGAGGAAAGCAGAUCCAGUGAGAGUGUGGCGAGGUCAAAUGGACAAAGAAGGAGCUGGCAAAGCAUCAGCUGGAGGUCCAUGGGAUGGUGGGGAUGGCCAAGAAGAGUCUCCCCGUGGUAUCUGACAUUGGAAGAGAGUUUGCUCAUGCCUCAGGGAAGAUGUAUUCCUGCCAGUUCUGUCAUGAUGUCUUCAGUCCAUUGAGUGUCUGCACCCACACUGGGGAUGAGCCCUGCAUCUGCUGGGAGCGUGGGAGAGGCUUUCACCAGAUGAACGAGCUCUCCACCCACCUCCAGACCUUCCACAGGAGGGUGGCCAACACUGAAGAUCCCUGUGACUGCAAGGAGUGCCAGAUGAGCUUUGCCACCCUGCAGGAACACCCCAAGCAUGUCCAUGAAGCCCAUUCCCGGGAAUACCACCCCAUAUGGACCUGCUCCAAAAUCUUCAGUGCCCCAUCGCUCCUGGAGUGCCACACAGUGACCCAUGUUGGGGGAAAGCCUUUUACCUGUGAAAUGUGUGACAAAGCUUACCAGCAGUUAUCAGAGUUAGGGUAUCACAGCAGGACCCACCACCCUGAUGUCUUUGCAGCUCAGAAUCACCUCUCCUCCGAGACCUCCUCCCUGCAGUGCAGCUGCUGUGACAAAACCUUUACUCCGGCUGUCCUGGCCAGACUCAGUGCUUCUCCCACGGGUUCCCAUCCAUUCUGCUGCUUGUGGUGCUCCAUGGUGUUCUGCUCCCUGCAGAGCCAUGUCACCAGCCAGCACUUCACACAGACACAGGCACACAGCACCUUCACCUGUGAGCUCUGUGGGGAGCUCUUUCCCUCCCAGGGCAAGCUGGAGGGGCACCUCAGCACUGAGCAUCCCAAGGUGAUUCAGACGUCGGAGCAAGGAGCAGCAGAGCACAUAAUCUCUUCUGGUGAUGCCAAUCUUGUGAUGUUGCCAAAAUCCCAAGUGAGCCAAACUGGCCCUGAGCUGGUGACAGUGACUAUGGAGACCUUGUUUAAUGGCAGUCACUCUGAUUUCUGA